AAGAUGGCAGCUGAGCACUUGGAUCAUUGAAAGCGGAGGUGUCCGCCCCCCAGCUGCAAGCGAAGCGAAUAAGCUCACCAUGUUGACGGGUUUCCCUGAUUUUCACCUGCCAACAGAGCUUUGGUGCCUAGGAGAUAAUGCUGCUCCUGGUUAUUGUCUGCAUUGAAUAUGCAAGAAAGACGGGUGUGGGCUCAAUUAUUAGCUAUGGAGCUUUACUUACUAUCUACUUACUUAUGUUCGCAAAUGCCGAUCUUGACUUAGUACUUGACUAUCACUGUCUAAUUAAUAGCGCCUGUCUAGUCUUGGUAAGAGUUUAUAUCAUUGCGGGGUUUACCUGGGCCAUCCGUCCCCCGAUAUUAACUUCUCCUCCCUAACAUAGGAGAGUGUGUAUGAGGGUGUAUAGAGUAGUACCUUCCCCAUGCUACGGGGCAUUCCGUAGUA